AUGGACAUUGUCCAAAACCUUUCCUACAAGAAUCUCUCUUUCCAUCGUCCGGCGGAUGUAUGCUAUGCCCGUCGCAAAACUCGUGCUGUUUAUACCUCGUCUUAUGGUGGUGCUAACCAUGAACCGUUAGUCGUCGAAGGAAGAUACUGCAAAGAAAUCCCUGGCGGAAACAGCCAGGUUUCUUGUUGUCUACCAUGUCCGUUGGCGGAAUGGACCUACGGUGAUGAAUUGAUGUCUAAGACAAAGGCGGCCAGCUGGCUUAGUGUCGCCGUCUUGCCCCUCUGCAUAUUCCUUCUGGUCUCGUACGCGGUCCUUCCGGUGAAAUGGACGCAUCGCCACUACCUGAGCAUCUGCUUUACGAUAGGAAUCUGUUUUAUGGAGCUUGCAUUUAUCAUCCCUCUUGGUUCGAAUCCGGAGCAAUGUUACAACCAGAUCACUCCCAAGGGUAUGCGUGACGAUCUGUCAUGCGCCUUUACCGGUUCCUUGCUGCUCUUCGGCGGCUGGGUGGUCGUCGUGUGGAGUUUCAUCCGUACCGUCGCCUUCCACCUACAGGUAUGCUGGGAGGUCCCUAUCGGGAAAAAGUUCAUGUGGGGGGCGUUCAUCUGCGGCUUCGGUAUCCCGGCGAUUGGAUUGACGGUCAUGCUGAUCCUAACGGGAGUCUCGUUUCGGUUCGGCAGCAUGUGCCACAUCAACAUCAAAUACAGUCUGCAGGACUACUGGGCCCCGGUCAUGGCCUUUGCUGCCGCUGCUUUGGUCUUGCAGCUCGCGACGAUGGGAUACUGCAUCCAUGUUUAUGUCCGGUCUGUGUUCGACAAUGACACCACUACGAAUAGCUCGGGUCUACCCUCUUACACAUCGAGUGUGCGCACCGUAAGUGCCCGACAAGCAUACCGACGUAUCCGACGAGUUCUUCAAUUGCAAUGGCGCGGCGUGGCGCUGGUUCUGAUCAUUAUCGGCAACGUGAUAUUCUUCGCCGUCGUCUUCAUCGACAUGGACAAGCAGCUCGAAGUGUCGCCGCACAACAUGAAAAAGGCCAUGCCAUGGCUGAUGUGUUUGGUCGCGUCGGAAGGGGACAGGAAGAAAUGCUCCAAGUACAUCGCAGAGGUCGGACCCAACGAAGCCACGCUCCUGGCCGUCCUGAUUCUUUUAUCGCUCGUCGGAUUGUGGAACUUUGUUCUCUUCGCGCGACCCUCGCUCUUCCUCGGCUGGGUCGACCUGUACCAAAGCAAGUUCGGCAAACCCGACGAAUACGUCUCCGCCGACGCCCGCAGCCUCCUGCCUGAUUCGCGCACCUACGAAAUGCUGGGCAACGCGACGAUAUCACCGUUGAAAACGCCCGAACCCGUCGUCCGGUCCCCCUCUCCGGCAGAGCGGAUCACGAGCCCGGAGCCGAGCUCGUACGGCCGAGAAGCGCGGUACAUCCAGCCCUCAAUGAGCUUCUCAUCACCUCGGCCUCCUGGCCCUACAAACGCUGGAGGCGGCCGAGAAUGGGUUCCCGAGGCAACAUUUGCGCGGGGUAAUCACCAAUACGGAUCAUCACAAUGA